UUGACCUUGCUUCCCAAGUAACGAAAGCUAACGAAGGAAUUUAAGAAGCUCUACGGCGUAUAAGUGCAACACGUAUUCUAUUUCGCCCUUAAUGGCGGCCAACAAAUCUGCCAAAGAAAUUCUGGCCUCUUUGAGAAAUGAGCCAUUCUCUGUGGAGACUGAAGAAAGGCUAGGAAGCCAUGCUGUCGUCCAGGAAGCGAGCGCUGGAACACUCCCUCUGGCAGUUGUGGAACGACUUCUCUGCGAACAGUAUCACAUAAUAGCCUCUGACACUCUAAGUAUGGAGCACCUAGUGGCCAGGUUCAACGCCAAUGAGAUCAUUCGAGAGUAUUUCCAGUUCUUUUUGACAGGCGAGAAGAUAGCUUUUGACAAGCUUCUCAGCAUGGCAAAAGCUAUGAAGCUUUCAGAUUCACAUCUGGAAGGUUAUGAGCCUCGGGCCGAAGCCCAAGCUUAUCCGUCGUAUUUGUGCCGUCUAGUCCAUUAUGGCGAAGCUCCGCAGAUUGCAGCAGCCAUUGCGGUUAAUUUCCCAGCGUUUGGACGAAUGUGUUCGCGUCUCGCAGAUGCACUGAAAAAGAACUACCACAUGAAAGAAGAAGACCUGGAGUUCCUUCGAUUCUUUGGUAGUGGGGAUUUAGACGACGGAGCUAUAAAGGCUAUUGAGGCUUAUAACGCAGAGGCCGAUAAAGGCACGUUCAAGAAAGUUAAUUACAGUGAUAUUAAACGUGCAGUUCGUCUACUGCAAGCGUAUGAAGUGAUGUUUUGGGACAGCGUUUUCUCCAAUCGUUAGAUCUCGUGAUGUAGGCUUUACUGAAUGCUGGUGAAACUGUCUUGAUUGCUUUCGCGUAGUAAG